AAUGAUAAAAGAAAGUGGUGAGAGUAAAAUAAUAAAGGAAAUACGGAUGUUAACCCUGUUAUCAGUAUCACGAUUCACAUCCAAUCCAGCACUAUAUAUAAUGAUGAUUGAUGAGGUGAGAAUUGAGAUCCAAUCCAACACGAGAAUCGAAUGGAUCCACCCAAAUUCCUAAUCCAAGCCUCCGAAGCCCAAUCCAUGGCCGAAGCCGCCUCCCUCACUCUCCCGGAACUCCUCCCAACCCUGGUGAGCGCGGCCCAGACCCUGGCCAGGCCCCCAAUCUCGAACUACCGCGUGGCCGCGGUGGGCCUGGGCUCCUCGGGCCGCAUCUUCGUGGGCGUGAACCUGGAGUUCCCGGGGCUCCCCCUGCACCACGCGGUCCACGCGGAACAGUUCCUGGUGACCAACCUCUCCCUGAAUGCGGAGCCCCGCCUGGUGUCCCUGGCGGUGUCGGCCGCCCCCUGCGGCCACUGCCGGCAGUUCCUCCAAGAAGUGCGGGGCGCGGGCGAUGUGGAAAUCCUGGUGACCUCCCACUCCACCCAACAAUUCAGCCCACUCUCCCGCUUUCUCCCCCACAGCUUCGGCCCCUCCGACCUUCAGCACCUGGACUCUCCCCUUCUCUUGGAGCCACACCACAACGCUUUAACCCUUCCCCAACACGUGGCACUGCCACCUCAUAAGUUGAAGCUUCCGGCUCUCGACGCCGCUAACAAAUCCCAUGCACCCUACAGUGCCUCCCCCUCCGGCGUCGCGCUUCUCGAUUCCCUCGGCAACGUCUUCCAAGGCUCUUACGUCGAAUCCGCCGCCUUCAACCCUAGCCUCGGACCCCUCCAGGCCGCCCUCGUCGCCUUCGUCGCCGGCGGAGGCCACGACUACCACCGGAUUGUCGAUGCCGUCUUGGUCGAGAAGGACGCCGCCGCCAUCAAACAGGAGGACACGGCGCGCUUGUUGCUCCAAUCCAUCUCCCCCAACUGCCACCUCACCACCUUCCUUUGCCACUCCCAACCUCAUUCCGAUCAACUUAAUUUCUCGCUGUAGAUUCUACGAAUCAUCAACACCAACAAUAAUUAUAAUAUAUUCAAUUCAAUAUAUUAUUGCCUCCUUCUAAUGCUUUCUAUACCAUCCUAUUCCUAUGCGUUGUUUCCCUUAGGAUUAACUUUUAUUUAUUUAUUUCCAUGUUUUGCUUCA